AUGAAGAGCUCGGAGUUUUCGAUUGUCAGACACGGGGAGAGCAUCGUGACCGGCAUCACGGAGAGGCCUUACAACUGUCUCUUUGGCGGCGACGACUUGUAAAACGCGCCACAUUAAACACAGGAAGGGAAGGGGUCUACACGUCUAUCUUGUUUUCGUUCUCUCGUGCAUCGUUCUUGAGAUAGUUCUUGAGCAUGCCCCGCGUCCACCCGUCGUGUGUUCGAAUAGUAUUAAUAGAUAGUGCCUCCCCGUUUUUUGUGCUUUUCCCCCCCCCCUCUUUCCUUUUCGUUUCGCGUUUUUGACGUUGCCCUGGGAUGGCCGAUGUCUUGUAGAUCUAGGUGUGUAGGCGUCUGAUGCCUGCUUCGCCUUGUGCGUGUCGUUCUCUUUAGUGCGACGGAACGGGAUUACUCGCCGUGUUGCCGGCAUUGUUUGUGCGCGGCUUUCUUUUGCAUGUGUCUCGUUUUUUGCGGUUGUUGGGGCUCCUUCUUGAUGGCGGUCGUGAAAAGACACAAAAAAGCUAACCUCGUGCGCAUAUGGAAGCCUCUACCUAACGUAUGCACAUAAAAAGGGGAAGUGUCCUCUGCCUGGUUGCUGUCACGCGAGAGGGAGGCAUCAUACCACAUGGUCCUACCAGGCGACUGCUGUCUUUAUUUAUUUUUUGUUGACGUCUUUGCUCGGGGGCUGUACUGUACCCCCCCGGCCUACAGUACCUCAAACUGCACCGACCGGCGUUCUCGUACGUUUCAGUAUACGAACGAAACAACACCAAUUAUGGCAGAUACCAUGAAAAGAAGUCAGUCGAUGGGAAGACCAGAACCGUUCUUUCGGGGGGCAAACAGGAGAGGAGAGUUGACAGGACCUUCACGCGCUUCAAGCUUCGCGACGUCCCGUUCACCAACUGCCUAUCUAUCCCGGCCGACGUAUGGUAUCGUAGGACGGCAAGUUUUUCGGCCUUUUCCUUAUUGCCUGGUCCCUGGUCGAUCACGCGGGGGUGCCGUGGCCGACAGCAGCGCUGCUGCGCCUUUCCGUACAACAGCUUGCUUGGAGAGGGAGAAAAGGUGCCUGCAAUUUUCUGAUUGGUCAAAAAAAUUGUUCGAGGGAAACUUGGUUUGGUCGAAAAAUCCAUGGUCGACCCAUGACGUCAUCCACGGUCAUGACUUGGGUC